AUGCAACCACCAAAGACCAGGUCCGUUACGCUCCUGGUCCAGGCGCUGCUCACCUUCUGCCUCACUUUGUUGGUGGGCGUAGACGCUGCCGCCGACGAGAGAACCCUAGGAAAUGUGGUUGACAGCAAGAAAGGAUAUACGAAGGGUGAUUUGGUGCUGGUCAGUUGUCUGAACAGGACAAUUGAUACUGGAGAACAUAUCACGGACCCGCAUGGCAAUUUGCAGUACAUUCCCUUCCCUACGUGCAACGAGACAGAUCUACCUCUGGCCUUCCCAUAUGCCACGCCCACCACACUCACCUGCACCAUAGAUUCCCUCGAAGACGAACUGUAUCACCUACUCGAAUUCUUUGUACAUAGCGAUGUCCCACUUACAUGUCGUGUACCAUCAUAUCCUCUCGCAAAGCAGGUAGCCACAGUUCACACCUACGAACCUUCAGCGCGGAUGGAAGGUAGUGGAUUCGUUGGGACGGGUCCAAGUGAAGCAUGGACGCCCUUGACCAUCGCACUCCAGGGUACCUUACAACUAUCCCACCUGCAUUUACACACUGGCAUCAAUGUGCUUUUCCACACCAGCGUUGGUGAGGAAGACGCACCCUCGUCACAUCUCAUCGCCUCGACUGCCUACUCCCUGCCAAACCUUACCGAUCCCUCUCUGCCAAGUGAGGGAACAAAGGUCCUUCGGACCGAGCCCCUAACAUUCGCCUUCAAUGUCGGCUGGAUAGAUGGAAGCGUCCUCCCAGGCAUGGUUGGUAGACCGAUCGUUGGCGUCAAGGACCAUGGCGUUGGCUUUAUACUACUCAGCUUCUUCGCGCUGGCUGCUAGUGCCGGACUUGGCGCAAUGGGCAUGAUGAUAUGGGAGAGGCGGAAAAGUGGCAGGAGUAUGAAUGGCCUACCGCCCAUCGGAAUUAGAGGCACUAUGGGAAUGAAUGGUCAUUCGGGAUAUGGCGGGUACGGUGGGUAUGGAGGUUAUGGACCUGGGAAGAGGGAUUGA